AUGCUGCUUCCGCAAUCGAUAUCCGGCCUUCUCAAGGAGAGCCGCGACAACAUCUUCGCGAUGGGGUCUAAUAUUUUCCAUGAUUAUCCUGCUUUAUCCGGAGCCGUCAUCCUAUCCGCCAUCGCCCUCAGCGUUUGGCGGUUGUUCAGAUUUACCGUCAUACCCGCAUUCUCGGCGGAUGAUGAGCCCCGGGAGCUGCCAUAUUCAAUACCUCUUCUAGGUCAUCUCAUUUCAUUUUUUGGUGACGCGAAUACCUUAAUUACUCGAGCCAGGCAGUACUUGGGUAACACAAGAGAGCCAUUUGCACUUACAGUUGCCGGCAUGACAACAUAUGUCAUCACCAAAGCCGAAGAUGUAGGACAGGUGUACAGAAAUACCGAGACGCUUUCCUACGAGAUUUUCGUGCAGUCGAUGAUGCGGAUCCUCGGAAACUCGGAACCCUCUGUCGAGGCCAUGUUCACACCACUUCCAAAGGACAAGGAGGGCUUCCCUAAUCCACAUGGGAAGUCGCUAGGUAUCCUGUUUCGACAGAUGCACAUACAUCAAUUAUUCCCAGGAGAGAAUCUGAACUUUCUGGAGACUCGGUUUUAUGACUUCUUCGACAAGCAUCUACAGAUGGAGAAGCUUGUCGAGACAUGUCCUUAUGCUACCAGGACAACACCGGGAACCAUCACUCUGCCGUUGGUGCAAUGGUGCUCCGACUACUUCGUCAAGGGAGGCCAGAGUGCUUACUUUGGACCCAGACUCGCGGAGAUUGAUCCAUCCUUGACAGAUGCUUUCUUGGUCUUUGAUGAACUCAGCUACCAGGUCAUCUACCAGUACCCGACAUUUCUUGCCAGAAAGAUGCAAGCUUCUCGAGACCGCCUGCUGUCGGGACUGAAGCAGUAUUUACAGCUUCCGCAUGAUCAGAGAGCCGAGGAUGCUUGGUUUGUAAAAGCCAUGGAAACUGAGAUGCGCGCCCUCGACAUGAGUGCGGACGAUAUGGCAAUUGCCACGAUGACGAUUUAUUGGGCCAUCAAUACCAACAGCCGCAAGGCCGCAUUCUGGCUUCUAGCCUACCUCCUGCAGACGCCGGGGCUCGUAGAUAUAGUCCGGGAAGAGACGGCUCCGGUGUUUCGCGCCGACGGUGCUUUCGACUUCGACUACCUUCACACAUCAGUCCCGCAGCUAGAAGCCAUGUGGAACGAAAUGCUACGGCUCGCGUCAUUCGCUGCGUCGGUGCGAUUCAUAACAGCAGACACCGUUCUAGGCAAUAAACGGCUGCGGAAGGGCAACAGGUUGAUCGUGCCUUAUCGGCAGCUACACAUGGACGAAAGCAUAUUCGGUCAGCCGGUAGACCAGUUUCAGCACCAACGGUUCCUCGAGAAGCCGCGCCUAGCCCAAGGCAAUAGUUUCCACCCUUUCGGCGGCGGCAACACCAUGUGUCCCGGACGUCAUAUCGCAAAACGUGCCGUGUUCAUUUUCGCUGCUAUGGUAUUACAUAGGUUUGACGUGAAGCUGGAAGAUGGCCAGCAGAUGCUGGAGGCGGAUCUGACGAAACCUGUGCCUGGAUUGAUGUCUCCUAAGGAGGGCCAGGACUUGAGGGUAGUCCUGACACCAAGGAAACCAGAUAAUUGA